AUGGCAAAAUACCAGAAAAUCGGUAAAUUUCUAAGUUUGAAACAUGAUGAAGAUUAUUCAACACAUGAUAAAAAAAUUUCAUGUCACAUGGUGAAAAACAUCAUAAAAUAUGAUGAAAAAUAUGAUCAACAUGAUGAAAAGUCGUCAUGUCAACAUGAUGAAAAGUUAUCAUAA